GUCACGACAGUGGGUGCGGUGACGAGCUUGAGCGGUUAUUCGCAGACGUUGAGAACAUUUUUCUGAAUAUUCACUCAAAACAAAUGUUCAGCAGUAGGAGAGACGAGUCAUACGGAACCGAGACCGAUUUACAACAGCUAAGUAUUUCUCUAGGUUUCACUAGGACGACGAAUUUGACAAUAUCGCAGUCAUAAACUGUAUUUACAUAACCAGCUUUCUCGUUAUUCACGGCUGGGAUCAGCCGGGCUUGCCACCGUGUCUUGUGGUCGUUAUUGCCUGAAAUUACAGGCCAGUUAUUCAGAUUCAGUUAUAAUUAAAUAAUGGCUUUAGAGUGCGGGUCCAGCAAAGUGUUUUAGUAGGUUACAUGUAUAUUUGUACACGCAUUAUUCACUAUUCAGAAAAAACAAGUUAUACAACGAGCCACGCUGUUGCCCGUCACAGAAGCAGGUCCUAAAGCCCGACGUGUUGUUGGCUGUCACAUUGCCGGAGAGCGCGCGCGCGCUGUCUCGUGCCCAAAUGGUUCAGCAACCAACGAUUUCUAAAUUCCUCGACAUUAUGGAAAAGGUUCUUUUAGAGCAAGGUUAAUUGCAAAGUUGGACUGCAUUACUGAAAACAACGAUUUGUAUGCUAACAUAGCAUACACGCAAUUUACUGCAUACAUCUGGAUUCCCACACGCCUUUUUAUUUUUCUUGGAUAUCAUUUUUUUUUAAAACACUGUCAGUGAAUCGGGAUACCAGUGGAGUGGAGUGAGCACAAAAAGACUUGUUAUUAUUAAAAGGCGACAAAAAGGACUCGUCCAGUUGAGUAAUGGUCAUUAAUACGAUCCACUGGUUCAGGAAGGGCUUGCGGCUCCACGACAACCCGUCGCUCAAGGAAUCUCUGCAGGGAGCGGAUACUGUCCGCUGCGUCUACAUCCUCGACCCCUGGUUCGCGGGGUCUUCCAACGUUGGGAUCAACAGGUGGAGGUUCUUACUGCAGAGUCUUGAGGACUUGGACUCUAGCCUCCGCAAGCUCAACUCUCGACUGUUUGUGAUACGAGGCCAACCCACUGAUGUCUUUCCCAGACUUUUCAAGGAGUGGAAUAUUUCUCGUUUGUCUUAUGAGUACGACUCUGAGCCUUUUGGGAAAGAGCGAGAUGCAGCUAUUAAAAAACUGGCCUGUGAGGCUGGAGUGGAGGUGACAGUCCGCAUCUCCCACACACUCUAUGACCUGGACAAGAUCAUAGAGCUGAAUGGCGGUCAGUCCCCUCUUACCUACAAACGGUUCCAGACCCUCAUCAGUCGUAUGGAUUCAGUGGAGAUGCCUGUGGAGUCCAUCACGGCGGAAGUCAUGGGGAAAUGCUCUACGCCACUGUCCGAGGACCACGAUGACAAGUUUGGCGUUCCCUCCCUGGAGGAGCUGGGUUUUGAUACUGAAGGUCUGUCGUCAGCUGUGUGGCCGGGGGGAGAGACAGAAGCCCUCACACGACUUGAGAGGCAUUUGGAGAGGAAGGCGUGGGUGGCCAACUUUGAGCGUCCCAGAAUGAACGCCAACUCACUGCUCGCCAGCCCGACAGGCCUCAGUCCAUACCUGCGCUUUGGCUGCCUUUCCUGUCGCCUCUUCUACUUCAAACUCACCGACCUCUACAGGAAGGUGAAGAAGAACAGCUCCCCUCCCCUCUCACUCUACGGUCAGCUGCUGUGGCGCGAGUUCUUCUACACGGCAGCCACCAACAACCCCUGCUUCGACAAGAUGGAGAGCAACCCAAUCUGCGUUCAGAUCCCCUGGGACCGCAACCCUGAGGCGCUGGCCAAAUGGGCGGAGGGCCGUACCGGCUUCCCCUGGAUCGAUGCCAUCAUGACCCAGCUGAGGCAGGAGGGAUGGAUCCACCACCUGGCUAGACACGCCGUGGCCUGUUUCCUGACGAGAGGAGACCUGUGGAUUGGCUGGGAGGAGGGCAUGAAGGUGUUUGAGGAGCUGCUGCUGGAUGCAGACUGGAGUGUGAAUGCAGGCAGCUGGAUGUGGCUCUCCUGCAGCUCUUUCUUCCAGCAGUUCUUCCACUGCUACUGCCCUGUGGGUUUCGGCCGACGCACAGACCCCAAUGGAGAUUACAUACGGCGCUACCUGCCCAUUCUGAGAGGGUUUCCAGCCAAAUAUAUUUAUGAUCCCUGGAAUGCCCCAGAGAGUGUGCAGAAGGCAGCCAAAUGUAUUAUUGGAGUACAUUUCCCCAAGCCCAUGGUGCACCAUGCAGAGGCCAGCCGUCUCAACAUUGAGCGAAUGAAACAGAUCUACCAGCAGCUCUCCUGUUACAGAGGCCUCGGCCUUCUGGCCACAGUUCCGUCCAACACUGGUAACGGUAAUGGCGAGACGGGGUUCCCUGUUGAGUCUGCACACAAUGCUUCUACUCUAUCCGGCUAUCAGAUGCCAGGUCACUCGCAGGGAGACUGGCAAAGCGGUGUCAUGAUGUACUUGCAAGGUGAUCAACAAACCAGCAUCAGCACACACCAGCAAGGGUAUGCAGGCACCAGUGCCAGUGUGAUGUGUUACGGUCAAGGCACACAGCAGAUUCCUGGCCCUGCCAUUCAGAAAGGACCUGAACACCACUGCACUCCUCAGACCAGUGGCAAACGCCACAGUGAGGACUCUGGCAACAGCAGAGGCUCUAAAGUCCAAAGACAGAGCACCCACUAGAAAGGAGUGUCUGCAGACUUCAGUCCUACCGUGUACGCAGCCAAACGCAAAAUGGACGCUAAGACUUUUGUUUUUAUUACAGCACUACAAUGUUGCAUGAACACACCUUCAGGAGGAGCCUACGAACCCAUUAUAUAACACAUUCACAAGUUUGGGACUGUAUAUUAUCAUGUGGACUGCACGACCCAGCCAGUGCUGACAUCACUGGAGAGGCUGUGAACACUGUGCUUGUGUUUGGGUUAAUAUUGCUGGGACAAAAGUCCUUGUGUAUAUAAUGAAUUUGCUAAUCGCAGCUCACAUACAACUUGUACAUAUUUGGAUAUUGUAUGUGUUUUCUCUCUUUGUGUAGCCAUAGACCCAUUGAUAUAUUUUUGAUAUGCAAAACCAUUGUGGAUGGAUCUUUUUUUUUGGAAAAUUUUCUGUAAAAAAACAAGAGCAUUUAUAUACUGUCGAUUCCAAAAAUGGUGAGAAAACUCUUAUCUGUUCUAAUACAGCUUGUUCUCAUGUUCUCUCAACUUCCCAAUGUUCUCCCUUUUUAGCAAUCCCAUGUAUCUAUCAGCAGAAGUGUAUUGAUCAUUUCCUUUGUCAUCUCAGUACUAGACUUUUUUUCUGUACCACUGUAGAGGGAAAAUCGGUAUAAAGUUAAUUAUCAAGUUAUUGCCCUUGUCAAUGGUUAUUCAGAAAAGGUGGCAGGAAUACAGAGUCUUCAUAUCAUGGUGUCCCCCUGUAAUCCCCAAUAAAUGUACCACUGGAGAGAAGUGCUUCACUUGAUUCUUGUUUCUUCUCAAUUUGCUUGUUUAAUUAAAA